CGCCACUUAAGAAAUAGCGCAUUUUCAAACAUGAGGGGGUUCUGUGGGUCUCCGUUUUGGGAUUCCCAAUUGACGUUAAAUACAACGAAUCCCUCGUUGACACCAUGCUUUCAAAGCAUCAUCCUCACCUGGAUACCAUGUGUAUACCUGUUCAUUGUUGCCAUAGCGUACAGCUUUCAACUGAAAACAACAACAACAGCUUUUAUCAAGAAAAACUGGCUGAACACAACAAAAACAGUGCUUGGCUGUGUCCUGGUGGUAUUGACACUAGCUGACAUAUUUAGAGGGGCCCAUGAGUAUGCUACUGGUCAACCAAUGUUCCCAGUUAUGAUUGUAACUCCUGUGCUGCAGUUUGUCGCCAUGGUGCUUGCUACGUUGUUUAUCCAGUGGGAACGUAUCCGAGGUAUCAGAUCAUCAGGAUAUCUCUUCUGUUUCUGGUUGCUUGUCAUAAUUGGAAACAUCUUCAUUUACAAGUCUAAGAUAGAAGAUGUCAUCUCAAAGGGUGACAAUGCUGAUGUGUUCAGAUUUGUUACAUUCACUCUUCACUAUGUGUUAGUGUUGGUCCAGGCGGUGCUAGCCUCAUUAGUAGAUGCUGUACCUGAGAACUUAGAUAUACCUGAGAAUGCCUGCCCAGAGGAGCAUUCAUCUUUCCUGUCUCGAAUCACAUUCUGGUGGUUCACAAGACUGGUUGUUAAGGGUUACAAGAAGGCACUAGAGAUUGAAGAUCUCUGGGGAAUCAAUAGAGAGGAUCUAUCAAAGAAUGUUGUCAGAAAGUUCCAAGCAGCUUGGAUGCAAGAAAUGGCAAAAAGUAAAAAAUCAAAGCAGCAGAAUGCUUCAAAGGUGCAAGCUGUUUCAAAAGAUGGAGAUAUCGAACUUAAAACACCAUUGAAAGGCCAAACAGACUACGAUGUCACAGUUAAGACAAAGAGCAAGAAAGGAUAUGAGCCGUCACUUGUUAAAUCAAUGGCCAAAGCAUUUGGAGGAACAUUUCUGAUUGGUUCUUUGUUUAAAUUAAUCAAUGAUAUCCUCAUGUUUGUCAGUCCACAGCUUCUUAAGUUAUUAAUAGGAUUCACACGCAACAAGGAUGACCCUUUAUGGAAGGGCUACAUGUAUGCAGCCCUCAUGUUCAUUGUAGCAUUGUUCCAGUCUAUUAUACUCCAUCAGUACUUUCACAAAUGCUUCGUUGUAGGCAUGCGUCUAAGAACUGUCAUCAUCGCAUCAGUUUACUCAAAGGCUUUGAAUCUCUCAAACAGUGCAAGAAAAUCAUCAACAGUUGGAGAAAUUGUGAAUCUCAUGUCCGUGGAUGCUCAGCGAUUCAUGGAGCUCACCACAUAUCUCAACAUGUUGUGGUCCGCCCCGUUUCAGAUCUCUGUGUCUCUCUAUUUCCUUUGGAUGACCCUAGGGCCCAGUGUGCUGGCGGGACUGGCUGUCAUGGUUCUCCUUAUUCCAAUUAAUGCACUCAUUGCCACAAAAGCAAGGAGCCUACAGGUGAGGCAAAUGAAACAGAAAGAUAGUCGAAUCAAACUGAUGAAUGAGGUUUUGAAUGGAAUCAAGGUUCUAAAGCUUUAUGCCUGGGAGCUGUCAUUCAAAGAGAAGAUAUUAGGUAUACGUAAUGAUGAACUGGAUGUCUUAAAGAAGGCUGCAUAUCUUAAUGCUGCAUCGUCCUUUACAUGGACCUGUGCCCCAUUCAUGGUGUCUCUGACGACAUUUGCGGUUUAUGUGUUAUCAUCCCCUGAAAAUGUAUUGGACGCAGAGAAGGCUUUUGUCUCAUUGUCUCUGUUCAACAUUCUACGAUUUCCCCUCUCUAUGUUGCCCAUGUUGAUAUCUAACAUUGUACAGGCGAGUGUGUCAGUGAAGCGUCUCACAAACUUCUUAAAGAAUGAAGAGCUAGACCCUGAUAAUGUACAGCAUGAUGAUGUGCCUGAUUAUGCCAUCAGUGUUGAAGGGGGUAGUUUCCAGUGGGACAAAGACCUUAAAGAAGAUGAACAGACUGGCAGACUAGAUAAUAUUGACAUGAAGAUAAAAGAUGGCGCCCUAGUGGCUGUUGUGGGCACUGUUGGUUCGGGGAAGUCAUCACUCCUGGCGGCCAUGUUAGGAGAGAUGGAGAAGAACAAUGGCAAAGUUAAUGUCAAGGGUUCAGUUGCAUAUGUUCCUCAACAAGCAUGGAUACAGAACUGUACAUUGAAGGACAAUAUUCUAUUUGGAGCAGAAACCAAUCAGGAUUCCUAUGACAAGAUCAUUGAAGCAUGUGCCUUGACCCAGGACCUACAAAUGUUGCCUGGUGGUGACCAGACAGAAAUCGGUGAAAAGGGCAUCAAUCUCUCCGGAGGCCAGAAGCAGCGUGUAAGUCUCGCUAGAGCUGUGUACUCCGACAACGACAUCUAUCUGUUGGAUGACCCUCUUAGUGCAGUUGACUCACAUGUGGGCAAACAUAUCUUUGAGAAAGUCAUUGGACCAGAGGGCUACCUUAAGAACAAGACGCGUGUGUUGGUGACUCAUGGUAUAGGCUUUUUGCCCCAAGUAGACCAAAUCAUUGUCCUAGAACAAGGUCAGAUACGUGAGAUGGGCUCAUACACUGAACUACUAGACAGCGGGAGAGCAUUCGCCGACUUUCUCCGCAAUUAUCUCACAGACCUGGACAGUGAAGAACUGGAGGAAUUGGAUCCCGACGCUAUGACAUUGAAGGAUGACAUCCUCUCCCAUAUUGGCAGCUUGGUAGAGGGUGCUGAUAAAUUACAGAGGUCUAUAUCUAAGCCCAGCAGAACCAGGACCACCAGUGAAAUGUCUAAGAAGACUGCCUCUCAGCACAGUCUCAACAAAUCCCUAUCAGGCUCACAUGCCAAACUGAACAAACAGGUAGCCAUUGCAAAUGAUAAAGCAGAUCCUGUUGAUGUUAAUAAAUUGAAAGAUGGCGAUGAGAAAGAGAAACUUAUUCAGGCUGAAACUUCUAAGACUGGAAGAGUCAAACUGAAGGUGUUUGCAGCCUAUAUGAGGUCAGUUGGCAUGAUUAUCUCCGUGUUGAUCUGCUUAUUGUAUAUCCUCAACAAUGUUGCAUCCAUUUACUCCAACAUUUGGUUGUCUGAUUGGAGCAACGAUGCCGCUAGACAAACAAAUGUAACUUCACAAGAAGAAAUGAACAAGCACCGGGACAUGCGGUUAGGUGUAUAUGGAGCCCUGGGAUUUGCUCAAGGACUUGUAGUGUUAGGCAGUGCAUUUGCCAUGGCUAUAGGCAAGAUAAGGGCCUCAAAAGGACUACACAAAUCAAUGUUAGACAACAUCCUUCAAAGUCCGCAGAGUUUCUUUGAUGCCACACCACUUGGACGAAUCAUUAAUCGUUUCAGUAAAGAUAUUGACACGAUCGAUUUGUUGAUUCCUGCGAAUAUAACAAUGUUCCUCACGGUUAUGCUGAUUUCGCUGGCCAGUAUCAUAGUUAUCGCUAUGAGCACUCCCUAUAUUUUGGCAAUCAUGAUCCCCAUUGCCAUCGUGUAUUUCUUUGUACAGCGAUUUUACGUAGCAACAAGUCGACAAUUAAAACGUCUGGAAUCAGUUUCUAGAUCUCCAAUUUAUUCUCAUUUUGGUGAGAGUGUUACUGGGGCCAGUACUAUACGUGCUUAUGGUCAAAGAGACAGAUUUAUCCAAGAAUCUGAGGCCUAUGUAGACAAGAACCAAAUCUGCUACUAUCCUAGCAUAGUCUCCAACAGGUGGUUGGCUAUCAGACUGGAGCUUGUGGGGAACUGUAUUGUGUUAUUUGCAGCCUUAUUUGCUGUUAUUGGUCGGGAUCAUCUCAGCGCAGGAAUUGUCGGCCUUUCCAUCACAUAUGCCUUGAAUAUUACUCAAACAUUGAACUGGAUGGUACGUAUGACCAGUGAAUUAGAGACCAACAUUGUGGCAGUUGAGAGGGUGAAGGAAUACUCUGAAACACCCACUGAGGCAGAUUGGAUUGUGGAGGACAAUAGACCAAGUGAAGCUUGGCCAGAGCAAGGUGUUGUUGAGUUCACAGACUACAGUACCCGCUACAGAGAGGGCCUAGACCUCGUCCUCAAGGGAAUCUCUUGUAAGAUCAAUGCAGGAGAGAAGGUAGGCAUAGUUGGCCGCACAGGCGCAGGGAAGUCUUCACUCACACUGUCUCUGUUCCGCAUCAUUGAAUCAGCAGAGGGGUCCAUUAGUAUAGAUGGCAUCGACAUCUCCAAGAUAGGUCUACAUGACCUCAGAUCAAAGCUUACAAUUAUACCACAGGACCCUGUCCUGUUUUCUGGCACUCUACGUAUGAAUCUAGACCCGUUCAAUACAUACAGCGAUGAUGACUUGUGGAAGGCCCUCGAAUAUGGACAUCUCAAGUCUUUUGUCACAUCUGUCCAGGCUGGCUUGGAUUAUGAGUGUUCUGAAGGAGGAGAGAAUCUAAGUGUUGGACAGAGACAAUUGGUGUGCCUUGCAAGGGCGUUAUUAAGAAAGACAAAGAUUCUUAUCUUAGAUGAGGCCACAGCUGCAGUUGACCUGGAGACAGAUGAUCUCAUACAAAGCACUAUUAGAACUCAGUUCUCUGAAUGUACUGUCCUAACUAUAGCUCAUAGACUUAAUACAAUUAUGGAUUAUACCAGAAUCAUGGUCUUAGAUGCUGGUAAAGUAGCAGAGUUUGAAGCCCCUCAAGAUCUACUCCAGAAUAAAGACAGCAUAUUCUAUGGUAUGGCUAAAGAUGCCGGCUUGGCUGACUAGAAAAUAUCAUCUAUAGUACUAAGACCAAAGACUAUGUGGAUAAAGACAUAAGCCUUGCUGAUUAGAAACUAUCAUUUACUGUACAACUUAUAUUCUAUUGUACGGCUAAGGGGCCUGUCUACCUGACUAGAAACUACUAGAAUAGUAUCAUCAACAGUACAAAGAUUAUAAUGUAUAUUCUAUGGUGUUGCUAACAACACUGUCCUUGCUGACUAGAGACUAUCAUCUGCUGUUUAAAGAUUGUAUAUUCUAUUGUAU